AUGGCCGACGCCGACGAGGAUGCGGCUCUUGCUGCCAAUUACAUCCAUUCCGCCGAAGACCACGAUCCCAGUGAUGAAACCCAAGACUUUCGAUUUCUCGCAAGCCUGAACUCGAGGUCUGGUCAGCUACCAAAACGAGGAGACAAGGACUUCGAGCCCCAUGGCACAAAACAACAAGAUGGCAUACUGGAGACUAGCAGGGAGGCUAUGCAUGAUGCGCUCAAUUACACCAGAAUACACCAGGCCAAGAACUACAGUCGGGGCUUCUACUAUGGAGAGGAAGGGUUAAGUCGCGACGAGGCUGUCCCGAAAGAUUGGACGCAGGGCUUGCACGAUGACCAUGUGGUUGUUUUGGAGUCAUUCUAUGGACAGGUUAUUAAGAGCUUGGGCACAUCUACAAAAGGAAAGCACCGUGCAAGUAUAUGGCUAUUACCGGAGGAAGCCCUCUUCCUGGUUGAGCGAGGAAGUCUCGAUCUCUGGUGGCCGACUCGGUCUUCCUUCAAUGGCGUUAUCGAAGACCCUGCGGAGGACACGGAAAACGAAGACAUAGACAAGGAUGUAGAAGCAGAAGCGGAGAGAGAACUUGAGGUUCCAAUGAGUUUGCAAGCUGCAUACGCUAUCUUCAUUGGUAAUGAUGAUGAGAGAGGCAAAGUCAGCUUGGAAAGAUACCAAACGUAUGCGCAUCUCAAGCGGGCAGGAUAUAUCGUUAGGAGAGCUCCGGAAUGGGACCCGAGCAAGGCCGGUCAAAUAUCGAGUCACGAGGUUGUCGCCUCAGGAGAAUCGCCAAAUAUCUUCCAUUGGCUCUUUGGGAGAAUUUUCGCUGCGAAGGAGAUUGACCACUCUGGUUCUGGUUCUUUGGUAAAGCCAGGCAUGUACCGAUCUUACAAUUCGAUCUACAAGCAAAUCGCGAUCAUUCCUCGACACAAGCCAUCGCCAGUCCCGUCGGACCUUGCACCACCGCCAGAGCACCCUUAUCGAGUGGUAUUCUGGGUGUGGAAGGCUACCAAAAGUAUGACAUUUACCAAGAGCAACCCUGGUCAACCAGACUUUCGUAUUGCCGUUGUGGAUGCGCGCUCAAGAUCUCUCCCCUCUCUCACAGAAAUGACCUCUCUACUCGAAAGCACGCCGUGGGACCCUCCCAACAUGACCAUUCCUGCAUUCGAUGGCCCUGGGAAAGUCUACCAGAGGUUAAAGCAUGGUUGGCGCAACGUGAUCUUGGCAGUCAUUGACCAGGGCGUUAUCAGCUAUCUGCGACUGGGCGAGGUUGCUUUUGGAGAGGAGAGGAUUUACGAGCGAUUCGACCAAGGGAGUGCUGUUCGAGGUGGGAAGCGAGGCGGUGGCGCAGGACGUGGAAGUGGACGCGGGAGAGGCAGAGGCAGAGGCAGAAGCACAAGCACAAGCAGAGGCAGAGGGAGCCAAGAGCCAAUUGAGGAUGAAAGGAGAUUGAUGAAUACGGCGUACGAAGUAUGGUUGGAGAAAGCGAGAGCCAAAAGCAAAGAGAGCCUCGCACUCAACAGUAUAACCAAAGCGGAAUUUGUCUUGUACCAUAUCAAGCGCGCUCUACUUUACGUUAUCGAGCGACUUCCCCCAGGUAGGGAGGGUUUGAGGGCUGGAGGGCUGGAGGGCUUGAGGGUUGAGGGCUUUGAAGCCGGGCGGCAGUCGAGACGCCGGUUACCUGCCUGCAGCUUAACAAACAGGCUUCGCUCGUUGGUCCAGAACAGAAUGUCCUCCUCUCUGAAAGGCAUAAGAGUAGCCUGUGCCCGGAGCACUGAGAGCAUGGAGCGUGAGCUCGCGCUCGACUCCGAAAAGCUGCUGGGAGAGUUCGUGAGAUCUGACACGCCCUUGAACGACGCUGUCGCCGACAACCACAACGACGCCGACGCCGAUGCCCAAGCCAAUGAUGAUAUGGCCAACCUGAUGAGCACAGACACUGAAAAGAGCCUUGUGGUUGCGCCUGUGGUUGCGCCUAUGGUUGCGCCUGUGGUUGCGCCAUCCAUGGCUCUCGCCGACAGUUCCCUUGUUGUGAAUGAACAUGAUGAGACAGACCAAGAAAUCAUCACACCUCACUCACAUCCUAAGAGAAAGCGCGCGUCGACCGUCAAUUACGAUGAAUCCGACUAUGGUCAAGCCAUAAAAGCCAGUCCUAGUGCCGAUGGACCAUCAAAGCGAGGAAAGGUGGCGAAGCCUAUACGAGGCGUCAUAAUCGGUCUGUGGCGCGAUUCCGACCAACCAGAUGAUGAUAAUAAGCAUGUGAUUUUCGGCUUCAUCGAUAUUCACGAUAGACUCCGAACCAGAAUUUACGCCAUGAACCGACGAGGAGAGGAAGUAUUUGGCAACGCGCCGACCGGGGCCGGAGGAUGCUGGGUCACGUUUGAGCGAAUUAUUUUUGACCAGCACUUAGUAGGCCUCUCAGCUCUCGAGAUCAAGGAAUACGUCAAGAUUCGGUCCGCUUCCAAGCCCGAGGUCGACUUGGAGGAACGAUAUCAAUCUGAUGCGAAGGCAGUCCUGCAAGCAAAGGCAAUCGUGGCUGAACAAGAAGCUGCAAACCCCACCAAGCCAGUUGCCCCCCGUACCUCUCUCGCACGUCAGUCUCUCAGCCGACAAUCGCUGCCUCGUCAGUCGCUUCAAAAAAAUCCCAGCUUCCAAGCUGUAAAUUCUGCUAACACUCAAGCUCCUCAAGCCGCACCUGGCGCUGAAAACAAGCCGCAUGGCGUUCUUCUUGGCUACUGGGUAGAUUCCAAUGAGCCUCGCCUGGAAGACAAGCAUGCUGUGUACGGUGUUCUCAGUGAGACUGACUGCUUUCGGGUCAAGGUUCAGCGAUUGACACGCGAUGGUCGCUAUGUUGAUGGUAACUUUCCCGUUGGUGCAGGAGCGUUAUGGAUUGGUUACAAAAAAGUCGUCUUCGAGCCUCAUCUUGCACCACUGAGCCGACCUGAAGUCAAGGAAUAUUGUCGGAUUCGCCAACAAGAACAGGAUGGUAGAGAGUCGGAGAAGGAGCGUAAGGCUAAUGAAAUGAAGGCCGUUCUUCAAGCUAGGAUCAACGUCGAGCGAGGCUUAAACCAUGGUGCAGAGGCACGCUUCCCUAGUCCAGAGAUGGAGAUCCGUCACAGCGCCCGAUCUGAGCACCGAGUGUCUGCCAGACACCAGGCUGAGGUCGAGGCAGUGGCCGAAGAAGCUAGAAAGGAAAAGGCGGAGGCCAGAGAGAGACAAUAUGCGAAGACUCGACAGGAGGUCGCCAUGGCUGAGGCCAUUAUCCAAGAAACCGCACAAAUGGAGCUCAAGAACAAUAUGAAGAAGCUAAACAAGGUCUGGAUUGCCCAACAAGCUGCGACGACUGCCAGCACCGCUGCCACACCCGAGGCUGUCGAUGAUGAUGUCAAAUAUCACAACGGCAUCAAGUACGAGAGAAAGCAGAACGGUCCAUUCCAAGGAAAGCUUGUCAGCCAGGCCCAGAUCUUGAGCAUCGAUGGCGAGGACUACGUCGAGUACCGCAUUCUGACCAAGCCUUUCUUCUGA